GUCCGACCACCAUUAAUCAAAUAAGAACUGUUUUAUAAAUUAGGGUUGUUUUCGAUGAUGACACCUUUUGCUAUAUAGUUAGCUAGCUAACUAUAGCUACUGAAACAGAUGUUGUGUUAUUAGACACGUCAAAUAGUGUUAUUUGACGUGUAUCUUUUUUGACACGCAGAGACCCAAAUGGCGUUCCAUAGUUGAGAAGGAAACCACUGAACAAAUGAACAACGAAACAGUACAGCAAGCUGUGGCUAAAAUUAAUGGGGAGGAGCUGAAUGGAAGACGGGUCAGUGUGGUCCACUCAGAAGAAAGGAGAGCGCCGGACAGAGCCGAUACACGAGUUUGAGCAGAUGAAGCAGGACGAUCACUGGGAUGAUGAGCGUCUUCACAAGGAGUUUUCCCAGUUUUGGAACGAUUACGAGUGCAAUGGUGAUGAUAACAGAGGGUGGCCGCAGCAAGGGCUUCGGCUUUGUCUCAACGGAGGGGCCCCCAUGCAGCAGCCUGCUGUCCAUGUCCAAGGCCAGGAGCCUCUGAUGGCCAUGCUGGCAACUGCUUGUCCUCAGGAACAGAAGCAGAUGCUUGGUGAGCAUCUCUCACCCUGAUCACGCUCCUCAGUCUGGCUGGGAAGAUCACAGGCAUACUUCUGGAGUUAGACAACUACGAGCUGCUCCACCUAAGUCCCCAGAGAUCUGCAAGGUGGAUGAGACGGUGGCUGUGUACCAAGCUCGCUAAAGAGGCCAUACAGAUAGCUGUCCCAUCUCAACUUGAAACUUCCUUUACUGAAAAAAGUAGAAGAUAAUUUAAUUGAAUAAACCACAAACUCAAUAUAGAGGUCCAAAGAGACAGUUUUUUGUUUAAUGACUGUCCUGACUUGAUGGGCAUUAAUUGGGGCUGACCCCGGUCGAACUUAUGUCUGUCAAAUCGCUCUGCAAAAUUACAAUAUUGUGAAGGACACUCAAUUGUUUGCCAAUAGUACAUUUUUUAGGCCACUGUAAAGUUAUUACAUUAUGUAUUGGUUACCUAUUGAAAUAAUGGUAAAUAAUUUUAAGCAAGGUCAUAGAGAAAUGUGUUACUUGUUUAAUAUAUUUACUGUUGCAAGAAAAAGGCUUUUAUAUCAACAAACAGUUCAGUGGAAAUGUGAAUAUGUAAGACUAAUCACUCUUUCAACUGAUUAUUGAAGACGUCGAUUAAUUCCGCAGUUGAUGCAAACCAUACAACAGAUCAAUGUAAAUAAACUGUUCUAAUAUU